AUGACACAGACAAAGACUCCCCCAACCUCUUCUACCACGGUGAAGCGUUUCCCUCAUAUCCAUGAUGACCCGGCAACCUUGCCCAAGUCUUUGGACCCCUUCACUAUCACCACGUCUACGGGCUUCAUGCCCUUCAUAAUGUCCCCUACCCAACUGCCCGAACCCUUCCAACCUUUGGUGUCCUUGCUUGAGCGCCUUCCUGUGGAGAAGCUUGAUGGUACCCCUGGUCUUCUGGCUACCUAUGAGCUGGGUCCUGCCGUCCAGGAGCUUCCUGACCUCACCGCCGAAGUUGACAAGCUGGUCACUGCUGAUGGCUCCCCAGACCUCUAUGCUGUCACUGCUGUCUUCCGUGAUUACUCUUUCUUGGCAUCUUCCUACCUUCUUGAGCCAUGCUGGGAGAACUGGUGCAAGAAUCCUGACAAGGGGUAUGGUCUGGGACGUGACGUGCUUCCUAGGGCUGUGGCUUGUCCUAUGUACCGUUGUGCUCAACUCUUGGACAUCCCCCCUUUCAUGUCCUAUGCUGCCGCAUACUCUCUCUUCAACUACACCCUUGCCGAUCCAAAGAAGGGUCUAGUAUAUGACAACCUCCGUCUUGUCCGGGCCUUUGAACAUGGCCUGAACCCUAAGUCCUCCGAGGCUGGGUUUAUCCUGACUCACAUAGACAUGGUCAAGGAGUCCAAUGGUCUGAUUAGCGGAGCCCUGAAGGUCGUCGACACCAUUGAACAAGACGGUUCUCGUGCCGAAGUCAACGAAGGAUUCAGAGAGAUCCUGGCAUCCAUGGAGAAGAUCGAAGCCUGCAUGGAAGAUAUGUGGGCCAACUCCAAGCCCAGCGAGUACCUCUCCUUCCGUGUCUUCAUUUUCGGAAUCACCAACCAAUCCAUGUUCCCGAACGGCGUGAUCUACGACGGCGUCCUCGACAACAAGCCACUCAACUUCCGUGGCGAAAGCGGCGCCAACGACAGCAUGAUCCCCCUCCUGGACCACCUCUGCCAGAUCCCCAUGCCGUCCACUCCUCUCACCAAGAUCCUGCACGAGUUCCGCGCCUACCGCCCACUCCCCCACCGCGAGUUCCUCGCCUACAUGAACUCCAAGGCCGAGGAGACCCUGAACCAUGUGCGGAGCUUCCGCUGGCGUCAUUGGCUGUUUGCCCGCGAGUAUAUCAUUCGUCGUACCCCUCACCCCACUGCUACCGGUGGUAGCCCUAUUGUUACAUGGCUUCCUAACCAGCUCUCGGCUGUUAUGGAUAUGAUGAUCUCGAUCUACGAUACUUAUCUGGCUCCGCAGAAGGAGCCGGAGUAUUCGGCUAAUGGCUUGACUGGGUAUGAUGCCGCUUUCCAGAAACAGGUUGAGCCGAUGAUGGAGAUGGUGCGUGAUCAGAAGGAUAAGUUGGCCAAGGAGGUUGAGAAGUGGUGCCAGGAGAGGGGUAACGGCUUCUGA